GGGUGUGUGGGGGAGCGGUUUCUAUAGCGACGGGAAGCGGCCUGGCGGGACGAGUAGGCCGCACCGUCCGUGGGCGGGAGGACGCAGAUGACAUCAGUGGACCCACGGUCUCCUUUGUCUAUGGCGUUUGCACUUCCUAGAAACAUGGAGGGCCCCAAGCUACAGACCAAGAUGAGCACAUGGACUCCACUGAAUUCUCAACUUAUGAAUGACAAGAUAUUUGAAGAAAGAAGAGCCUUGCUUGGAAAAUGGUUUGACAAGUGGACAGAUGGUCAGAGGCGGAGGAUCCUGGUGGACCUGUUGGAACGCUGCUCCCUAUCACAGCAGAAAUUCUGUGCCAAGCAGCUACAGAAUCGAGUCCCCACUGAGGCUCUAGAUUUUACCACAAGGCUUCCUAGAGUCCUGUCUUUAUACAUCUUUUCCUUCCUGGACCCACGGAGCCUUUGUCGAUGCGCACAGGUGAGCUGGUACUGGAAGUACCUGUCUGAACUGGAUCAGCUCUGGAUGAAGAAAUGCCUGCGUUUCGGCUGGUACAUCAACUUCUCCCCAACCCCAUUUGAGCAAGGAAUCUGGAAGAAACAUUACAUUGAGAUGGUGAAAGAGCUGCAUGUCACAAGACCAAAGACUCCUUCAAAGGAUGAGUUUGUAGUUACUAAUGUGCAGCCGAUAAGAAGCAACAUCCCAGAAGCAAAACCUUUUGUGCCAGGAAAGAGGACAAAAAAAGAGAAAAAAGAGCUCCCACCAUGGCGUUCAUCAGACAGGCAUCCUACAGACACCAUCCGAUUCAACUACCUCAACAACUAUGAUCCCAUUGAGCAGGCCAGGCAGGCGAGAAAGAAAGGAGGAGGAAAGACCCCAGACCUUAGCCGGCAGGCAGCUGAGAAAAAAAUGAGGGCAGGUCGUGGAUCUAAUAAGCUCCAGAAGACAAAAUCACUGCUAUCACUUCCUGCAGAUCUUGAGACUGUUCCAAGACCACCAGUUCAUCACUGCCGGGCCACUCACCAGACAGUCGGAAACCUGCCCUCAAAAGCAGCAGCAAAGACCCUGGCCCAGAGUUCCCAGUGGAAUGCUGGGGUACAACCAGCACCUCUUGAAGCUCUAGUGCCAAAGCCACGGAAAGGAGGAAAGACAGACUAUACAAGGAUUAACACCACAUCUCCAUGUCAGGAUGCUGCCCUGUCCAAUACAGUGAAGCUAUUAUAGAGAUUGUCAAUAUCUAAAUUUAAUGCACAAAGGGAAGGAAAUGGUGCUCGCAGUAUGUUUCUGUAGGCAGAGGCAGUCAUUCUGGAUGGUGAGGAUCGAGAUGACAAUGAUCUGCUGCAUCAAAGGACAACAUAUGGCCAAAGACGUCACAUCUAGCACUUGCUAGAUCCACCUGUCUGUCAGGACUGUCAUCUUCGAACUGAACACUGGCAUGGGUUUAACUCACUAAUACUCAAUGGCAGAGCAAGAGAUCUUAGGUCAGAAGUGACAGUGGGCUCAGUCCGAAGUCCAGGAACCCUGCCAAGGCCUGGAUAGAUGCCAGGAGGAGCUGGUGUAGUUGGGUUGGAAUCAGAGCAUUCAGCAAAUUGCAACCAAAAGCAAACAACUCCAGGGAGAAAACAGCUGAGAAAUCAGCUGAUCUGUGAAUGCUUUCAAAAAAUAAGGAGGCAGACUGACACAAUCAAAAAAGAUUUUAGGCCAUUUCAGUCUAGGGUUGGCUUGGGUAGUUAUUCAUGAUGAGCACACCUCAUGUACACCCAGUAUCUCCUAAAAGUCCUCAACAUCUGCAGCCUGCUGGGCAAGUGCUUUGGUACCUUUCAGAAGCCCACAAAAUUGGUGUAGUUUUUGGUGAAAGUCCCAGUAGUUCACAAGUGAGUUGUCAACAUAAGGAUUGUGGUCUGUGACCCUAAUGACUUUUUAUAGUGCAAGAAGGGGAGUGGAUAAAGAACCUAGAGAGAACAAAGGAAAAGAGGCUUCUGAUGUGAUCUGUCAGGAUUUUCAAAGAGUGGGGUAGCGUGAGGGGAGCUCCCAAAGGGCAGUGACUACCCAGUAACUACUGAUGACCCCAUCUAGAAAGGACAUAAUGGAGUCCUCCAUCAUCCCUUCGGAUCUCCCUAGCAUCUAGUGUUUAUAGCAGGUCCAUAGGCUAAUUCCCAUGAAGAGGACCCACAGUGCAAAAGGGUGAUCUCAAAUCCUUGGGGGGGGGG